GGAGUGUCGGCUGCAUACUCUGCUGACGUGGCACCUCACCCACUACGGUCUGAUGUAUGUAGCUCGAAUCAAGUCGCAAAGGGCCUGUCCCCCAACUCCUAUAUAAUCGCGGCUCCUCCCCAUUUCUUCCUUGCCCUUCGCCUCCGAUUCCUCCGCUCAAUAUCCCAUUUCCGGCACUUCGAGUUUAUCCUUGCAGCCACCAGAUCAAAAGAAAUGGAAACUUUCUUGUUCACAUCCGAGUCUGUUAACGAGGGUCACCCUGACAAGCUCUGCGACCAGGUCUCUGAUGCUGUUCUAGAUGCUUGCCUCGCUCAAGACCCCGACAGCAAGGUGGCUUGUGAAACUUGCACCAAGACUAACAUGGUCAUGGUUUUCGGAGAGAUCACCACCAAGGCUGAGGUCGAUUACGAGAAAAUUGUGCGUGACACUUGCCGUGAGAUCGGUUUCGUGUCAGAUGAUGUAGGAUUGGACGCAGACAACUGCAAGGUCCUUGUUUACAUUGAGCAGCAGAGCCCUGACAUUGCUCAGGGUGUGCACGGUCAUUUAACAAAGAAACCGGAGGAGAUUGGUGCGGGUGAUCAGGGCCACAUGUUUGGGUAUGCCACAGAUGAGACCCCUGAAUUGAUGCCGCUCAGCCAUGUCCUCGCAACCCAACUUGGUGCUCGUCUCACCGAGGUCCGGAAGAACGGAACUUGUGCUUGGCUUAGACCCGACGGUAAAACCCAAGUGACCGUGGAGUACUAUAAUGACAAUGGUGCGAUGGUUCCCGUUCGGGUCCACACUGUUCUCAUCUCCACUCAACAUGAUGAGACCGUGACAAAUGAUGAGAUCGCACGUGACCUCAAGGAACAUGUCAUCAAACCCGUGAUCCCUGAAAAGUACCUUGACGAGAAGACCAUCUUCCACCUCAACCCGUCGGGCCGAUUUGUCAUCGGUGGGCCUCACGGUGAUGCCGGGUUGACUGGCCGGAAGAUCAUUAUUGACACAUACGGAGGGUGGGGCGCUCACGGGGGUGGUGCUUUUUCAGGAAAAGAUCCUACAAAGGUGGAUAGAAGCGGGGCUUAUGUGGUCAGGCAAGCCGCUAAGAGCAUUGUCGCUAGUGGGCUUGCGAGGCGAUGCAUUGUGCAGGUCUCAUAUGCUAUUGGUGUGCCGGAACCGUUGUCUGUGUUUGUGGAUUCCUAUGGGACUGGAAAGAUUCCGGACAAGGAGAUAUUGAAGAUUGUGAAGGAGAGCUUUGAUUUCAGGCCGGGGAUGAUUGCCAUCAACUUGGACCUCAAGAGGGGUGGGGACAGGUUCUUAAAGACGGCUGCUUAUGGUCAUUUUGGUAGGAAUGAUCCGGACUUCACAUGGGAAGUUGUGAAGCCUCUCAAGUGGGACAAGCCUCAACAAGCUUAAAAAGGACAUGGCUAGCUAAUGGAUUGCUGCCUCAACUACUCUACCAAACACUUCAAGGCCUUUACCCCAAUAUAUGUUACAGAGUAGUACUUAAUGGAUUGCUCUCAAUUCCGUGUGUUUUGUUUUUUUUUUAAUAAUUUUAAUUCUGUGUAUUCUUUUAGCUUUUCUGGGGUGAAUGGGGAAAGUCCAUUGUUGUUAUUUUUCGUGCAAUAAUUAUGCAAUUAUACUACUGUUGUUGGUGUUGAACCGUCUCAACUAUGACAAGGUACUCUGUAACUUUGGCUCCUAUGUACUCACUAUUUUAGAAUUCAUUAUUUCCUUCGUAUCAACUUAAGUUUCUUGUCAGUUUAAUCCUAAAUGAUAAAUUAAUCAUCCAUAAACAUGUUACCUUUCCAUUAAAA